UGCUUCACGUGACUCGCGGUCCUUCCUCCGCCCGUGCGGACGUAGAGCAGUGGAAGGAGCAGGGAUCUCUUGUUGGAGCUCAGUUCAGACGCAUGAAACGAUGUUUAAACACGUUUUUCUGACAGGACCUCCUGGUGUUGGAAAGACGACCUUGGUUCAGAAAGCCAGCGAACUUUUGAAGACGUCAGGCUUUGUCCUGGAUGGCUUCUACACGGAAGAGGUCCGAGAAGGAGGGAGGAGAAUUGGAUUUGAUGUUGUCACCUUCUCUGGGCAACGAGGAAUCCUGUCCAGAAUUGGCAGUGGUUCAGGGAGGUCAGCUGGCAGACGGGAAUAUACCGUGGGGCAGUAUGUGGUGGAUUUGCCUUCUUUUGAAAACCUGGCACUUCCUCUUUUUAGAAAUGAAGGCUCCAGGAGCAGCAGUGGGAAACGAGUCUUUGUCAUCGAUGAGAUUGGGAAGAUGGAGCUCUUCAGCCACUCAUUUAUCCAGGCUGUGCGCCAGACUCUGGACAGUCCUGCAUUUGUGAUCCUGGGCACUAUUCCCAUCCCUAAAGGAAAGCCGCUAGGGCUUGUGGAGGAAGUAAGAAACAGGAGCGAUGUGAAGUUGUUUACUGUUACCAAGGACAAUCGAGACAAAAUUUUACCCCAGAUUGUAGCAACGCUCCAGGACUGUUUAAAAUAAACCGCGCAAAGGAAUGAAUGUAUUAAGGUAAUGUGUUAUUGUAGUGCUGCUGUUUCAGGAACACUUCAGGAUUACCUUACUGUAAACCUGAUGAAUUUUGUAUUGUAGAAGAUAUGAUAAACAUGAUAAACACCACAGAUCGAUACAGUCAUGAAAAAUAUGCAUUCAAGAAUAUAAGAAAGAUUACCAGGCAUGUGAUCUUCUGAAUUUGUUUGUUGCCUAUUGUCCUGAGGAUCUGUUCUAUUUUUUUCAUCUCAAUGACUUUAGUUAUUUAUGUUUUUUAGAUUCAAUGGGAAAUUGCCUUCCCAUGCCUUGGGAAUUCCUAUUGCCUUCAAUGGGAAUUGAAGUUCAAUAAGUUCAUUUCACUUAUUUGUAAAACACUAGUUGCUGCAAAUGUAAAAAUCACCCUUUUCUGAGUUUGUACUGAUAGAGAUGCUCAACUGUUCUUUAAGAUGCACAUGUGGUUCAAGUUACCAGUUCAGGAACUAAGGCAGCAAACUGACUUAUGCAGAAAGUGUUGUGUGGAUUUUUUAAUCAGAUUUAUACAAGGAAAGAAGCAAAGGGAUUAAAUGAGAGUUAAAAGGGAGUUUAAGGGAUUAAAAGAGUUUGAUAAUGUAAAUAGUUGGAAUGAAUACAUAGAUUGUAAGAUAUGCCAACUAUGUAAGAGGUACAGUUUCUGUAAACAUAUUUAAUUCUUGGUUAACCCAAUGAAUGUCAGUGUUCAGAGUUAGAGGAGUCAGUCUUCUGGAUGACUGAAAUUUUUAAGUUAGUGACCUUUAUGUUUCUAUAGUCAACUGAGAAUCUCAAACACACUCGAAUUGGCAGAUGUAUUCAUGUGAUAAGAAAUAAAUCAAUAUUUGAGGAAAGGCCUUUGAGAUCCUCUGUUAGAAUAAAGUCAUCAAUAAUAUGAAAUAUUUCACCUGCAAUAAUUAUGUACCACGCAAAAGCUAUUUUCGUGCAUUUUUAUUUACACAUCCAAAAUAAGUGAUAUUUCCCGCUGCAGUGUUGUUUGCAGUUGCUGUGUGAAAAACAAGGUGAGAUUUAGAUGUUAUCGUGUUCUGCACUCCUUCCCUCUUAUCUCACAUGUUCACGCGACAGCUCAUGGAACAUCGGAGUGCUUUGCAGGGAAUUAUUCAGACAGCUUUUCUUUUGUAUUUGCCUUUAUUUUGUAACUUGAAUACACAGAACAGGCAAUGUUCAUUAAUGGCAGAAGUGACAGGAUAAAGUGAUAAAAAAAUGAAGAAAAAUUAAAAUCUCUAUAUCUACCAUAACAAAUCUUAAUGAAAAACGAAAUCGAGUACAAAAAGAAAGAAGAUUUGCUGGUCAGGUGUUAUAUGGUGAAGACACAGUGAGAAGCAGUAGAAGACACCUAACAAAAGUGUUUUCAGUUCAGCUCUAUCCCUUCCAGCUCCACUCCACUAUCAGAUAAAAACAUAAUCAAAGGAGACCUACAGAGACAAUUAUUUUUCCCUGUUGUUCUCAAUGAACAGUGAAGAGCAGCGAAGGAGACCCGAAUCCCGACCUUUGCAGGGCACAAUGGUAAGAAUUGUGGUAUCCAUGAUUUUAUAGAAAGCACAGACUCCAGAGAAAGACAUCCAGAGUAGCAGGAUGGACAUCUGUCAAAGUAAAUAAUUGUGACUGAGUAGAUGCAGGGGCUGAAUUUUAUAACUCAAAUCUGAAAUGUUUUGGGAAGCAUCACCAGUACAGCAUCAAAAAGGUUGAAUGCUCUCACAGUGCCAGCAGACAUUUUCAGUAACAGAGAAGCUGCUGUCUGCUGCUGCAGCUUGACCCUUCACAGAUGUAGAUGACUUUUGAAACCUAACUGCUGAUCAACCUGUAAUGUGCGAUUAAUUGUCCACUUGAUUUAAUUAUAAGCACAGUUAUAGGCUGUAUGUGAUCAUUGUACUUUAAAAUGCAUUGUUGUAACAAUAUAAGACAGAGAUACGCAUGCUGCAAGAGUUUUUCUAAUUAUAAACUUCAGCGUUUUCCAUAGUUAUUUUGGUUAUACAUAUAUUUAUUUUUGAUGUAUACAAGAAAAAGGAUUGAUAAUGUACUGUAUUUGUGAAAUGAAAUGCUUGUGGUUUAAAAUAAUUUUAAUAGACUUGACAUCAAGCACAAAUCUACUAAAAAUAACAUUACUGGAAUUGUACUGCAGUAGUUCAAAACCACAAUUACUUUAGCUUUGUUGUAACAUUAAUAUUAAUGCUACCAUGAAGCUCUAUGGUUUAUCUGGGAGAUUAAUAAAAGGAUUUCAGAGAUUUA